GCUAUAACGGUACACAUGUUGCUGUCGGAAAACGCGAGCGGUCCAAGUGGAAAUGUAGCCCAAUCCGUUCGCUUCAGGGUUUCCAUUUAAAGCGCUCCCUCGCACAAAUACUCGCGCACACAUCAACACUCACAAACACACACAAACACACCGUCGUAGACACAACGCAACGCACACACCAACGCGCAUUCGCACCCACACAAGUGUUGUCGGCUCCUUGUACGCACCAAUACAAGCGCCCAAGUGCCGUCUAUCUGUGUGAGUUAACGUAGAAGAGGUGUUUUGGCUCAGGAUACAGGAUUUAGGGGCCAAGUGCUUAAUAAAAAACCAUCACAAAACCAUCAAAAACCAUCAAAAGUGAUAAAUGCAAAUUAUCCCUAAUGAUAACCAUAUAACCAAUCGCAAAAGUGUCUAACCUCAAGGAUCCAACUAUAAGCCCAACAACAAAUGGCAAAGUGAUUCAGACGGCGUGUCUGUGGCUCAUUAGAGGAAACGAAAAGCAAAAAGCAAAAACAAAAACAAAAACAAAAUAGAAGAAAAACUAGCCAGAAGCUGGCUGAAAACAAGAAAAGCAAAAACAUAUCUAAAUCCAAACCCAAAUCGAAAUCAAACAAAGCGAAGCAAACUAAAGCAGUCCAAUAAAAACAACAUGGAAUAUUGAAUGAAAUCGGCUGGCAUAUAUGCACAUACAUUAGCAGCUAAAAAAGGAAAGCCAAUCCAGCCCGUUUCGCCCACAAAUACCGCAUCAUGGAUGAAAAUGCGAUAAUCUAUCAAUGGCUAUGAAAAAGGUCAAAGGAAAAGUCUUAGCAAGCGAUAAGUUUGAUUAAAAGAGAAAGCGAAAAUCAUGCAUCAAGAGGAAACAUACCAAGUAGUUUGCCGACUGAUUGAAAAGGAGGACCUGGAUGAUCGGGAGCAUUGCUGCCGGAGAAGGGCCACUCCACCCCAUUCAUUGUACUCCAGCCCCAGUUCGAGUUCGAAUGCCUGGAGGCAGUUACUCCUUCCCCUGCUUAUGCUGUCUGGGAUCAGCCAGGUGUUUGGCACAUAUAUAGAACAGGAUGAACUCAUGCAGAAUCUGGACCGACCGGUUCCACUUACCACAGUUCAAGGUGUCCUUGGACGACAGGCGAUGCUGCCCUGCGAUAUUUCGCCGCAGGAGCGGGACGAUGCCGUCUAUAUGGUCCUUUGGUUUCGAGAAGGCGAUGGCGAACCCAUCUACAACUUCGACGUUCGAGGUCGUCAGUUUGGGCAGGCGCGUCUGUGGUCCUCGCCCUCGGCCUUCGGCACCCGCGCCCACUUCAGUAGCACCACCCAUCCCGCCCAGCUGAAGAUCGAUAAUAUACGGAUCGAGGACGAAGGCGUCUAUCGGUGUCGCGUCGACUUCCGCAACUCACCCACCCGGAAUCUAAAGAUCAACCUCACCGUCAUCGUUCCGCCGGAUAGACCGAUAAUCUAUGGCCAAAACAGGCACGAAAAGGCCGGAAAUGUUGAGUCCUUCAACGAGGGCAAUGACAUCGUCCUGUCCUGCGAAGUAUCCGGAGGCCGCCCGCGACCCAAUGUCACUUGGUACUUGGACAACACGGCGAUUGACGAGUCCUUUGAGCAGCGACCCGAUGGCAAGACCAUUAACCACCUGUCGUACCCAAAUGUGGGCAGGCAGCACCUGAAUUCGCGGCUAAUGUGUGUGGCCAGCAACACGAACCUGACGCCGCCCAACAACAAGGUCGUUAUCCUGGACGUAAAUCUAAAACCCAUCGCCGUGCACAUACUCACCAAAGAUCGUUUCGUAUCUGCGGAUCGGACCUAUGACGUGGAGUGCAAGAGCUCGGGAUCGAAGCCACCGGCACUCAUCACCUGGUGGAAGGGCAGCAAGCAGCUGAAGAAGCUCACCAAGAACUUUAAUGAACCCGAUAAUCAAUCUCUAAGUAUACUGACGUUUACGCCCGGACGCGAGGACGAUGGCAAAUAUUUAACAUGUCGGGCAGAAAAUCAAUUCAUCGACGGCAGCGCCAUCGAGGACAAAUGGCGACUCAUUGUCCAUUACCAGCCGACCACCACGCUCAAGAUUGGCUCCUCGCUGAAUCCCGAUGACAUCAAGGAGGGCGACGAUGCGUACUUCGAGUGCAUUGUCCUGGCGAACCCGAAGCCUUACAAGAUGUCCUGGUUUCAUAAUGGCAAGGAAUUGCAGCACAACAUAUCCGCGGGCGUCAUCCUGUCGGAUCAGUCGCUUGUCCUACAGAGCGUCUCACGUGCCUCAGCCGGCGACUACACCUGCCUGGCUGUCAACUCGGAGGGCAAGGGACCCAGUAAUCCGGUCACAUUGCGCAUACGCUAUGCCCCGAUUUGUGCCACGGACCAUGAGGAGCUGUUGGGGGCCCUCAAGCAUGAGACCCUGCCCCUGAAAUGUGAGGUGGACUCUUCGCCGCCGGCGGACUCCUUUCACUGGACCUUCAAUUCAUCCGGCGAACAGACGGAAUUACCAGCUCGCCUGCACUCCAGCGAGACCGGCAUGUCGCGAUUAAACUACACACCGAGCACGGACCUAGACUACGGAACAAUAUCCUGCUGGGCGAAGAACUCCAUUGGCACGCAGAAGAGUCCCUGCGUGUUUCAGAUUGUGGCAGCCGGUCGGCCGUUUCCCUUACAAAACUGUUCGGUGACCAAUCAGUCGGUGGACUCACUGCAAGUCGACUGCCUGGAGGGAUUCGAUGGAGGUCUUCCACAGGGCUUCAUGCUGGAACUGGUCGAGUUGAAUACGCUGCGUCUGGCCAGGAAUAUCACGGUUUCGCACACGCCAGUGACCUUUGUGAUAGACAAUUUAGACCAAGCGGCCACCUAUCGCAUGGUGAUAUUCGCCGUUAAUGCCAAAGGUCGUUCGGAGCCCACCAUAAUCGACGACAUCAACUUCAAGGGCGUGGCCAAGUUCACAGGUGCCUCGACCGGCCUCUCGAUGCCCCUUUCACCAUUCCUGGCCGGGCUGACCCUUUUCUGCGGCCUGCUGUUCGCCAUCUUCUGCAUCAUGCUGGCGGCCAUCUACCGGAGGUUCUCCAAUCGGCGCAGCGACAGCAAUCUGAAGGUGGCCAAGCACACGCAGCUGACGAUUCCGGCGGACUGCCAGCUGGACCCGCUGCAUCCGGGCGUUCAGACGGACGGAUCCGGCAACCACCAGCCGCACCACAGCCUCCUGCCUCUCAAUUGCGAUGGCCGCAACGCCGUCGAUUGUGCCGCGCUCGGCGAUGUGGGUGUUGGCGGUGGGGGCGUGGGUCUAGAUGGUGGGAUGAAGGGCAGUUCGCCCAUUGGCCUGGUGGCCAUGCCUGGCGAUACACUACGCUCAAAUGCCCGCACCCGACACAGUCCGAUGGCCGAUCAGGCCGACAUAGACGACACCGAUCCCGAUGUUAUACCAAAUCAGUAUGAAAAACGUCCGCUGAAGAGCCUGGUUUCCCCGCCUGGCUUUGCCAGCCCCUCGAAUCGCCUGAUGCAGCGCGAUUACCUUCGGGAAACGGAGCUCACGAAAGGCACCAGCGAUGGGGGACUGGGAGCAGCGGAAGGGCUGUCCAGCAUCGGACUGAUGAGCAGCUCUGGGAACGAGGUUCUCCACUACACCUUCCGGCCCAGCAAGCAGAUCAGCUAUGCCACACUGAACAAAAAGGGCAUCACCACGUGCAGUCCGCCGUUGGGUUCGCUGAACUACAAUGUGAGCACCUCGACGCCCUCGUCCUCGUACCACCUGACGCCACAGCCCAUGGAGGUCAGUUUGCUGAGUCCGAACAAUCCGUCGGUGACGUCGUCGCUCAGCGAAUACAGAUUUCGCACCGGUCCAGAGAUCGUCACCACCUCGAAUCGCAUACAGGACCUGCACUCUUCCAGAGUUCCCGGCAGAAUACUGCGGGAGUCGCAUUUGUGAGAAUAUCAUGUCCAUAUCCUCUAUGAAAGUAUUACCUAUUGAUUUUCGUUUCGAUUGACUCGAGUGUUUAAGUGUAGCUACCACAUACGUGUAUUUAACUAGAGCCUAAGUAGUCCUAAUUAGCGGUCUAAGCAAAAUUGUACAUACAUGAUUAUACAGCAGUCCGGUGUACUCCGGUAUUCCUGUACUCCUGUACUCCUGUACUCCAACACUCCGUGUGGUUCUCCGAGAUUCCUCCCUGUAAUUUGAAAUUGUCUAACCGCUCCGAACCGACAACUGUAUAUAGUUCAUAAUUUAUUGUGAGGACGAAAUGGCCGUUCGCUUCGAUGUACGUUGUGUUGCCCCCAUCUAGGAGUAAAAUUAAGCAUUUAUAGAACAUUUGCUAAGCUGCAACAUAUGUACAAAAUCUUCGGAGCGAUCCGGAGGGAGUGUGUCCCUUCCAGAGCCUCGCUCGA